AUGUCCGUUAUUCUUAUCACUGGAUGCUCCUCUGGAAUUGGUGUAGAAACUGCCCGCGCCCUGGCCAGCACUGGCGCCAGGGUUUUUCUUGCCACACGUUCUUUGGAAAGGGGACAAGCAGCCUGCAAACACUUUUUAGAGUCUGGCCGGGUAGAGCUUCUCCAGCUCGACACCAGCUCCAUAUCCUCAGUCCGCACCGCAGCAGAGACGUUUCUUGCCAAGUCGCGCAGCUUAAACAUCUUAAUCUGUAACGCGGGUGUGAUGAACGUGCCAACGCGAGAGGAAUCUGUUGAUGGGUUUGAAAUACAGUUUGCAACAAACUAUCUCGGUCACUUCCUGCUAUUUUGGCUGUUAAAAGAUGCGAUGCUAAAGGCUGCCACAACCUCUCCGGGAUUUUAUUCACGUCUUAUCACCGUGUCCAGUAGCGGGCACCACGCGUCAGAAAUCCAGUUUGAGGACUGGAAUCUGGCUUGUGACGGUGCCUACCACCCAAGUAAGGCCUAUGGUCAAAGUAAGCUAGCCCAGAUAUACAUGGCCAACUAUAUCGACCGUUAUUAUGGGCCCCAGGGACUGCACGCGCUGAGUGUAAUGCCUGGGGGGAUUUUUACAAAUCUGCAAAAAUACAUCCCCCAGGAGAUGCAGGAGAGUUGGAAAGCCAAUCCCACGGUUAUGAAAUGGAUGAAGAGCCCAGAGCAAGGUGCGGCCACUACCGUCCUGGCGGCUGUGGGCCAGGAUUGGGAGGGCCGCGGUGGCAGGUACUUGGAGGACUGCAGAGAGGCCAGCGCCACAUCUAUCAGUCCAGGAGUGGCAGGGGUAAAAGACUAUGCCUACGAUGAGUUCAAAGAGGCACGGCUAUGGUCGCUAACUCUGCAAAUCCUGGGGAUUCAGGACUCGAAAUAUCCCUCGCAGUAA